GGCGGAAAGACUCACGGUCCUGCAGCCACAUCCUGUUUAGACUCAGAUCCACUGUGUCCUAUUGAAACGGUUCAAUGUGUGAACUAGGACCAGCUUGAAAUGUCACCACCAUCGCUGUAGACACGACCGAACGGCUGGAUAUAUACGGAGCAUCUCUCGUGGCCUCAGCACCGAGCAACCAUGUCAUGUCGCGACAUCCACGCCACCAAUGCGUUUGCCUUCAUCGUUGCCUUUGUGUGUGUGGGAGGGAUUACUGUGGCGACGUUGAUCCCGCAGUGGCGCGUGACGAGACUCGUUACCUUCAAUCGCAACGCCAAGAAUGUCAGCGUGUACGAUGGGCUGUGGGCUAAAUGCGUGAAACAAGACGGCUACACAGGAUGCUAUUACUAUGACUCAGAGUGGUACUCUAAAGUGGACCAGUUGGAUUUAAGGAUUCUGCAGUUCUGCCUGCCUGCAGGUCUGCUGUUUAGCUCUCUGGCUUUGCUGCUGGUCAUGGCAGGGAUGUGCAAGACCUGUUGCUGCUCAGACAAGCCUGAAGAAGACAUUAAAACGGUCAGAUUCCUGGUCAACAGUUCAGGCUGUCAUCUAGUGGCCGGGAUGUUCCUUUUCCUGGGUGGAGCUAUCGCCAUUGCACCGUCAGUGUGGUUCCUGUUCCAUACCAAGGAGAUGAAUAGAAGAUACGACAACAUUUUCACCAAUGGGUUUGCUGUAUACGUGGCGAUAGGCUGCUCCGGGGGACUGAUGCUAGCCGCGCUGCUGAUGUUCAUGUGGUAUUGUAUGUGUAAAAAGUUGCCUUCACCCUUCUGGUUGCCUCUGCCGAACAUGCCGACCUCCGUGUCCACCCAGCCUCUCACUGCCAACGGGUAUCCUCCCUCCCCAGUGUACGGUCCUCAGCCCUUCCCACCACAGGCCCUCAAUCCCCCUACAGUGAUGGACACGCAGCCUUAUUUGCCCAUCGCAGGUUAUGCACAAAGUGCAGUUGCUCCUGCACCAUCCCAGGUGUACAUGCCUCAGCUUUCUGUUCCAGAUGGGUAUGGGUCAGAAGUGGGAGGGGUCCGGCCGUAUAGCUACGCUCCCUCACAGAGCUACGCUCCCUCACAGAGCUACGCACCCUCACAGAGCUACGCACCCUCGCAAGUCUACGCUCCUUCACAGGGCUACGCAUCUAGCUACGCAGGUCAUCGCUAUUCCACCCGUUCACGGACAUCAGCUAUAGAGAUUGACAUUCCCGUGCUGACAGAGAGAGACUAAUGGAAGCGAGGCCAUUAACAUGUCAGCAGUUCAACACUGAAAAACCAGUAGUGUAUGAUAGAUGAAAGCUAAUAACAUGAGCGCUAUUUACAGCCUCUAGAGUGAUAGUUUUAAGAAUUCACUCAGUCAGUCUAAAUCUGUGAAGUGCUGAUUAUAGAAUAAAAGAGCCCUGGAGGUUCUAAGUGAAGGAUGACAUUUGCUUUGAAACAAAUUACCCAAGCACCGGUGCAGCAUUUUAGAAAGGGAAGAAAAACUGUUUGUCACUUAAAAGCAGAGACAGACCAAUAAACAAUAGCUUCUUAUUUGCUGAACUGGCAACUUAAUAGUUAAUAGCAUUUGGUAGGUGGCCUUAGAUGAAUUCCCACUCUGACCUGAGGUCAGGAUAACCCUCACGCUUUCUGACAAAUGCUUGCCUGCCUUUAUGGAGGCCUUCUGUUAUCACUACUGUACAAACACGUCAUCACUACUACUUUUAACUCUGUUCCUACUUUAAAUGGACAAAUUUACUGAUUUGUAACUAUUAUCUAACAUGGUUUGCUCAUUACAGUGGCCUAAAAUGAGCUGCUGUUGUAGUUUUUUAAUGCACUAUGUGAAUACUAAGCCUUUUGUUAAUGGAUGUUUUGUGGCCAAGAUUCAUUUGCUGUAACAUGUUUUCUAUUUGUCAAAGAUUUGCCUCUAAAUCUGUUAAAUGCAGAACGUCGUUACUGAUACAUUUUUUCGUAUGAACUUUAAUACACUCAUCUUAUUACACUAACAGAAAUGAGAGCAUGUUGUUCAUCUCUUGUUUGUAAGUAUCAAUAUACGUAGCAGCUGAAUGACCAGAUGAAUAAUGUUUUUUUUUCUACUCUGCCAUCAAACGUCUAACAGCUCAUCGGGAGACACUGGUCUGGAUGUCCUGCAGUGAUGGUAUUGAUUAACACAGUCUAAUUGUUGCCUUUUAUUUGUUUGCCUAAUGAGCACUAUCUGCGUUAUGUUAUGAUGUUGUCAGAUUUUCUACACUUUGAUGUCGCAGUGGUUUUCAUUUUUAAUAAAUCUCAGAACAGAAA